AUGCAUCUUUCAUGUCUUUUGGCCGUGGGGAUUCUUCCACAGUUGCCCUCCGCUCUUCAUAUCCCUUCACGUCGAGCUGUGGAUUGCGGAUUCGCAACCUCUGCCGACAGUGGUGCGACGUGCUCGAGCUUCGCCGACGAGUGGGGUCUGACUGUGGACGAGCUCAAGUCGUUGAAUCCCGGCAUCAGCUGCCCUGAUAUCGACACAGACGGGCUGUACUGCGUGGUCGGCACUGUCAACGAUGAUGAGCCUACAACCGCCGUUACUUCGAGCACGGCGCGCGUAUCUACCCGGGUGCCGUCGUCCAGCACGACUACCACUUCCAUGCCCACUGCCACGGUGAAUCCCACUGUCACUGUGAAGCCCUCUCCUACUCAGGAGCCCGGGAAUGGCAUCGAAACCCCAAGCCCCAUCCAGGAGGGCAUGGUGUCCAACUGCAACAAGUUCCACCUGAUUAGUCCUACAACCACCUGUGAAGGUGUCUUGAACUAUCAUAAAAUCUCCCUCGCAGACUUUGUUAAGUGGAAUCCCGCGGUUGGCAAGGACUGCAGUGGGCUGUGGAAGGGCACCAAUGCCUGCGUCGGUGUCAUUGGCUAUUCACCUUCUCCUACUACCGCGAAGGCAUCUGCAACAACUACCACCACAUCAGGAAAUGGAAUUUCAACACCAAGUCCUAUCCAGGAGGGCAUGGUGACCAACUGCAACAAGUUCCACCUGAUCAGCCCCACAACCACCUGUGAAGGCGUCUUGAACUAUCAUAAAAUCUCCCUCGCAGACUUUGUUAAGUGGAAUCCCGCGGUUGGCAAGGACUGCAGUGGACUGUGGAAGGGCACCAACGCCUGUGUCGGUGUCAUUGGCUUCAUCCCGACUCUGACGACCACCACCAAGCCCAAGCCACCAGCAACCACUACUACCAAGGGCAAUGGAAUCUCGACGCCCACCCCUAUCCAAGAAGGAAUGGUGACCAACUGCAAUAAGUUCCACUUGAUCAGUCCCACCACCACCUGCCAGGGUGUUUUGAACUAUCACAAAAUCUCCCUCGCAGACUUUGUCAAGUGGAACCCCGCCGUCGGCAAGGACUGCGGUGGACUGUGGGCGGGCACCAACGCCUGCGUUGGCGUGGUGGGAGACAAACCUUCGCCUACCACCACCGCUGGCAACGGCGUGACGACGCCUACACCCAUACAGGCAGGAAUGGUCAAGAACUGCAUCAAGUUUCAUUAUAUCAGUCCCACGACCACGUGCCAAGGUGUUUUGAGUUACAAUAAGAUCACAAUGGAGCAGUUUGCGAAGUGGAAUCCCGCAGUAGGUAAAGAUUGCAGUGGGCUAUGGAAGGAGACGCAUGCUUGUGUUGCUGUUUCUUAA